AUGGCUGAGGUUUACAAAGUCUCUUUUUACAGUGAAGAAAUCGAAGUUACCGUCACCAAAGACUCCUCAGUCGUCAAGAGUUGGAUUCUGCAAACAUUGCAGACUCAUCGUCGUAGGCUCCGCAAGCUCAUCGUGGGUAUCGAUAUCGAGUGGCUCCCUUGUUUCAACCCGGAGGAAAGUCACCCUGUCGCUCUCCUCCAGCUUUGUGUAGGUCCUUGCUGCCUCCUGUUCCAACUCCUCCACAAAGACGCCGUUCCCGGAUUCCUCGUAGACUUUCUGGGGAACCCGAAUUUCAAAUUCGUGGGGGUCGGGGUUACUGAGGAUGCUAAGAAAUUGCUCUGCGAUCACAGGCUGUUCGUGGCGAAUACUGAACCGAUUGGCGUUAUAUGGGAAGAUGGGAUUGAAGAGAAUGGCGAAAGAGGUACUUUGGAAAGUAAUGGAGAAGCCAUUGAAUGUAACAUUGAGUAA